AUGGAUUCCACGAAACCUACAGACAACCCUUCGCUCCAGGAUCCCAAAUACAUCGAGUUUCCUGCCCUUCCGAGCGAUGCAAAGCAUGCAGAUGGUACCCUUGCACUGAAUCGGCACUCAACACAUAUAACCCGUGGUCAUGAUUUCCCUGGUGCAAAGGCCAUGCUUUAUGCUGCCGGCGUCCCGGAUAAGGAGUCUAUGGCGAAGAGUCCCCAUGUUGGAAUCGCAGGUUCAACCUCCUCAACCCAUUUCGCAGACUUUCCGCUAACUGAUAAGAAAGCCGUGAUUGACCGGGGUAUGCUUGGAUGGCAAUACAAUACCAUUGGAGUUUCAGACGCAAUCUCUAUGGGUAGUGAAGGCAUGAGAUUCUCGCUUCAAUCCCGUGAAAUCAUUGCCGAUAGUGUCGAAACCGUUACGUGUGCGCAAUAUCACGAUGCCUGUAUCGCCAUUCCGGGUUGUGAUAAGAACAUGCCCGGUGUUGUUAUGGGUAUGGCCAGACAUAACCGACCGUCCCUGAUGAUAUACGGUGGUACAAUUCAGAAGGGUUACUCGCAGUCACUUCGGAAGAACAUCAGCGUGUCUUCGUGCUUCGAAGCUGCGGGCGCAUACGCAUAUGAUACCCUGCGCCAGCCUGACGAUGGAGGCGACACGAGCCUAACAAAGGACGAAAUCAUGGACGAUCUGGAAAAGCACGCUUGUCCUAGCGCAGGUGCAUGUGGAGGAAUGUUUACCGCAAACACAAUGGCCACCGCAAUUGAAUCCAUGGGGUUGACUCUGCCGGGUUCAUCGUCGACGCCUGCUUCGUCGCCGACCAAGAUGCGAGAAUGUGUCAAGGCAGCCGAUGCUAUUAAAACCUGCCUGGAGAAAAACAUUCGUCCGCGUGACUUGCUCACCAAAAGGUCCUUUGAGAACGCUCUUGUUAUGACUAUGGCAUUAGGAGGAAGCACCAAUGGUGUGCUUCAUUUCCUGGCUAUGGCCAGAACCGCGGGCGUUGAUCUCACCUUGGAUGACGUCCAAAGAGUUAGCAACAAGAUUCCAUUCAUUGCAGACCUUUCCCCAAGUGGAAAAUACUUUAUGGCCGACCUUUACGAAAUCGGAGGCAUUCCCUCCGUCCAUAAGCUGUUGAUUGCGGCUGGCCUCAUCGACGGUGGUAUUCCCACCGUAACCGGCAAGACUCUAGCUGAAAAUGUGGCCUCAUAUCCAUCUCUUCCCGACGAUCAGGUCAUUAUCCGUCCUUUGAACAACCCCAUCAAGCCGACUGGUCAUCUCCAGAUCCUAAAGGGUAAUCUUGCUCCAGGUGGCGCGGUGGCCAAGAUUACCGGCAAAGAAGGAACCAAAUUCACCGGAAAAGCGCGCGUUUUCGACAAGGAGUACCAGCUUAACGAUGCCUUGACGCAGGGCAAGAUCCCCCGCGGAGAAAACCUUGUGCUCAUCGUUCGCUACGAAGGUCCAAAGGGAGGACCAGGUAUGCCAGAACAGCUCAAAGCCAGUGCGGCGCUUAUGGGUGCAAAACUGACCAACGUGGCAUUGAUUACGGAUGGUCGGUACUCUGGGGCCUCGCAUGGCUUUAUCGUUGGGCAUAUUGUGCCAGAGGCAGCAGUGGGAGGCCCCAUUGCCGUUGUUCGUGACGGGGACUCUGUCACUAUCAACGCGGAGACCAACGAACUCAGCAUGGAUGUUUCGGAUGAGGAGAUUCAACGGCGGUUGAAAGAAUGGAAGCCACCGGCUCCUACUGUGACGCGCGGUGUGCUUGCGAAGUAUGCCCGGCUGGUAGGGGAUGCUUCGCACGGUGCCAUGACAGAUCUGUUUUGAAGCCAAUCAAUUCUACAAACUAGCCCCUGCGUUUUUCAGAAGAAUAUAUAUUUGUUCUCAUCCGC